UAAAGUGUUAAGAAAUCGGUUGCCGUUACAACAUGUGCGAAAACCAACUCUAUUGUCGUACACAACCUUGAGUCUACCUUAGGCGUACUUAUCAGCCGAUCAGGGAAUUAUAUAGGCAAAAAAAUUCGUACCGUUCAGUGAUAAGAUUAGAGCGAGUAAGCCCCGUGCUUGGGAGGCCCGUCAGACACCAGUGAGUUGGGGAACCUCGGUGGUGAAGAAACUCUUUCGCUGCGCAGCCUACACAGCAAACAUGAGCAAGAUGUUAACCGAAAUCUGUGAAAUGCUGGACGGAUACACCGGGCGGGAUAAGAUCAUACGGAUGCUUUGCUACACCACUAAGCUGGGGUCAGGAUUGUACGCCCAAAAGGACCCACAAUUGGCUAGAAAAUUGGCUAUUUUCAGCACGAAGAUGUCCGAAACACGUGCAACCCUCCGACUGUUCGAUGAUCUACCGAUGCUGGCGUACAGCUUAAGCUAUGGUUACGGCAAUAAAGAACCGGACCGGUGGAUGGGACUGAUAGGAUUCAUCUCAAAUUUGAUCGAUCAUGCCUAUUAUCCGGUGGACAAAGUCUGUUGGUUUCUGGAGCACAAUCUGCUGAACGUGCAGAAUCCCACCAAGUGGGACACGAUCAACUCCUUGCUGUGGGUUGCCUCGAUAUACCUCAAUCUGAUGAAAACUAUUCGGAGCUUCACAGUAAUGGAGCAGCAUAAAUCCUGUAUAGAUAAAAAAGAAAACGAAGCAAGUCAAGCAUUUCAAAUGUUGCUGAUUAAGCAACGCAUGGAAGCCCUUUCAAUUCUACGGCUGUCACUGGACUUAAUUCAUGCCGGCAGCACACUACCGAAAGGUAUGCUUUGGGGUGGAUGCUUCCAAACUUGGCACGUUGGUCUCAUUGGUACCGUAUCAUCGCUGAUGGGUCUUUACCAAUACGUCGCCAAAAAGCGAAUCGUUAAACAGUGUUCCUAGUGCAGCGUUCCUGUGAAGCGAAAUUACUUUAACGCUCAUGCUGCUCAUUCAAGUGCUUCUUAGGGUCCAGCCACAAAACUGCUAUAAGUAUAACAAUUUAGAUGCUGUGCAAUAAGGUUUUCUUGCAAGUGAUUCAAAAAUGACGUUGGAUGAGAAGACUGUCGAUUUCGAUUUUUCUAUUUUUCAGUACGAAGAGAAGUCGAUUUAUUUAAAGUUGUUUGUAUGUUAUACUAAAACACUCAAUUUGGACAAAUUUUACGCUAAAACAAUCUAAGUGAAGUCUAGUCAGUGUGUGGCUGCGCAAUAAAAUGUAUCUGUAAAAAUGGUUAAUUUUUUAGAAAAUAAAUAUGUUACG